CGGAGCCCGCUGCAGGCGCGGAAGAUGCCCCUGGGUCUGGGGACCAGGAAGAAGGGCAAGUCCAAGGAGACCUCCAAGCUGGUGGACAGCGAGGCUGCGGCCCCACCGCCCGCGGCGGAGGCUCCGGCCCCGGCGGCGAGCGCCUCGCGGCUGCAGUUCCACACGCAGCUGGCGCACGGCAGCCCCACGGGCCGCGUGGAGGGCUUCAGCAGCGCCCGCGAGCUGUACGCUAAGAUCGCUGAGGUGUUCGGCAUCGCCCCUACUGAGAUCAUGUUUUGCACUUUGAACACUCAUAAAGUUGAUAUGGACAAGCUAUUAGGUGCACAGAUUGGCCUUGAAGAUUUUAUAUUUGCCCAUGUAAAAGGACAACGAAAAGAAGUGGAAGUUCUUAAAUCUGAUGAUUUGCUUGGACUUACUGUUACAGACAAUGGAGCUGGCUGUCCCUUUAUAAAGCGAAUCAGAGAAGGGAGCCUUAUGGACCAAACCAAAAUGAUCUGCGUUGGCGAUCACAUAGAGUCUAUAAAUGGAAAAGAUGUGUCAGAUCUUCGGCAUUAUGAAGUUGCCAAAAUGCUAAAAGAUCUGGAGAAAGGUCGGGUGUUUAAGCUGAAGCUGAUAGAGCCUAUGAAGUCAUUUGAAAAGGUGGCAGCAAGGUCCAAAGGUGGUACUCUGACAGAGGCUAAAAUCUCCAGAGGGAGAGAAACACUUCGACUGAGAAAUAAAGGCCCUGCCACUGUGGAGGAAAUGCUCUCUGAAGUUGAAGAAAAAGCAGUAAAAAAAGUGGAUGAACUUCUUGAAACAUAUAUGGGGAUAAGAGAUAUUGAAUUAGCUGCAACAAUGGUGGAAGCAGGAAGAGACAAGAAAAACCCAGAUGAAUUUGCAGUGGCAUUGGAUGAAACUCUUGGAGACUUUGCAUUUCCAGAUGAGUUUGUCUUUGAUGUGUGGGGAGCAAUAGGGGAUGCUAAGCAAGGACGACUGGAAUGAGAAUUAUGAAGUUUAACAUUCUCAAUUCAAAAAUAUAAAGUGACUUUGAAAUACGUAUGUCAGAAGACUGAUAUUUUUAUUGAUAUAAAUCUGGGAUGCUCUAUACAAGUAUUCUUAUCAGAGAUUUUGUUUUACAAUGAAAGUUUCUAACAGAAAUAAAGAUAAAGUCAAAGGUCUAACAACUGCACAUUUAGAAUGAACAUUUAAUUUAAAUGUAGAAAUCACUGAGAGGAGAAGGGCCAAGUAGAUGUAUUUAUACAUGCAUUUUAUAUACUUUGGUAUCUAUUUUGAGAAAUGAUAGAUAUAUGCAAAAUUUUUUGGAUUUUUUUUUUUUUAAGAAAGAUUUAUAAACUUGAUCUAAAAAAAAAAUAAAACCAACACACUGCAGUUCUCCGAUCUGCUGGUUCUUAAGUAUUCAAGUAGGCCAAGAGCUGUAUUGUUUGGCCUGGAUGUAGGCUUUUCAGUAGAAAAGAUGAGAAGAAGCCACCCUGCCUCUGGAAAGGCACGUUUUAUGUUCAGGAAAAAGUAAAUUCCUCUGGGGGGGAAAAAAAAAAAAAAAAACAAAAAAAAAAACUAUGACUUUAAAAUUAACUUGCUCUUAUUUUUGGUCAUUAACACACACUGCCUACGUAUUUCUGAAAUGAUUUAGUAGAAAUGCCUAGAGCAGGAAUCUGUUGCUUUAUUCAGAUGCCAUAUUAUCACAAUAGCUAAUGCAUAACAAGAAACAAACGUUAAUUUUGAUUAAUAUUCACAUAUUUGGAUAAUAUCUGUGACCUGGCACUGGAGACUGUAAUACUUGACCAAAUGCUUCACUUAUCUUUGCAUAGUAAACACCUUGCUGAAAUCCUAUGAAGUUCCCGCUUUAUCUUGUCUGUUGUUUUUUUCAGAAUGGCAAUGCAGAGAUAUUUAAGAAGGUGCUCAGAAUCAGUAGAUGUAGUUCUAUGAUCACAACUGUAGUUUGGAUGAAAAUGAAUGUCUAAAACUUCAAUUAAUAUCAUUUUAUACUUCAGGAUUUCAAAUUAUACUGUGCAUAGAUAUUUAUUCUUAACUGAUGAUGUUUUACGAAUAAAUCUUGGAUUGUUAAAAAAUUAGCUGUCUCUUAACACAUCUGCUAUGUCUGCAUUUAUCCUCUUGUUCACUCCAUAUUUAAUGAAGAGCGGUGUUCUGUUUUUAUUUAUAACUGUAUUCUUUUUCAGUUAUUACUGUUAGGUUUUAAUCAAGACAUACUUGCUAACUUUUAUAGAAAACGCAACUUUCAAGCGAUAAUUGUAGUGAUUCUGAUUUUUUGAAAAAAUAUACGCAAUUUACAUUUUAGCCAAAUAAGACAAUGAGUCUCACAAUAAGACAGUGAAAAUGAAAUUAAACAAAAAUAUUGGGCCUGACUUUAAGUCUUGUUAAUGCUCUUCAAGGGGAUUGUCAUCAAUUUUAUAAAUGCCACUGUGUAUGUUUUGUUCCACUAACUUAAGGAUAAGCUUUUGUUUAAUAUACAUGUUCAUUUUUAUGAAAUGAGUGGUACAAAGACAUAUGGAGAUCAGACGUUUUAUUGUAUUUAAGAAAGUUCAUAGGUGUCAAAAUUGCACUGUACACGUGCCUUGUAUGAUCAGUGUUACCAGGGAUGUAAUAUGCAUGUAUCUUUAAAUAGGUGUGAUAAUUAUGGAUUUCUGUAGUAACACGUAUACUACAGCUGGAAAAAAUUCAGGCAAUUCUCAAGUUAUGAGAAGUAUGAGUAGUUUUACUAGAAAAUUAGUUAUUAAAAGGAAAAUAAAGAAACUUGGUCAACAGGUGAUUUUUCCUUACAUCCCAUUGCUGAAAGGGAAUGUAAGGAAUGCAAGGGAAUAUUAUUUUGAGAAGUGCAGUUUUAGGGAAAAGUGUACAGGUUGAAUAGCUUUUGUCUGUAUUUAAUAGCAGUGAAUCUGAUCUCACAAUCUUCUGUUGCAGCUGAGCAUUCUCUGUCUCGCACAGGACUCCUCUAACUUAGGAACUUUUGGUAAUGAAGAAUUUAAGUACUGUGGACCACAUCAUUCUCUAACCUUCUUUUAGGUGAAUAACAAAAUUGAAUCAUCGAGAGUUGAGCGCUAAAAGCUUGUGUUGCUUCUGUAUGCCAUAUUAAUAUGGUAUUGAUGAUAAAAACUAAAGAAUUCCUUCUUAAAGAGCAAUGCACUACAUAGAAUUGUAUUACAAAAUAAUACAUAAAAUAUUAUCUGUAGCAGAUAACUCAUGUGUUUUGACUAUGCAUUUUAUUUUGAAAAAUUAAUGCUCAAGAAGUAUAUCCUUAAACCAUAAUUUGUCCUACUGUAUUGACUGAAAUAGCAAGAUAAUUCCUGAAACACUCAUGUACUGAUCUCUCAUAUCAUUCAUGGAGUCUAUUGCAGAACUGAGAUUUAAAUAGUGAUUGUAAUUUUACUAACACUUACUGUAAUAAAGUAUGUUGAUCUUAA